GGCUGUGAGAGAAAAAACGGAGGAAAAGGCUGCAGCAGCAGGGGAGGAGGUAGCUGCAGGAGUACAGGAAGAAACCACAGUGAAGCCCCAAGAAAUCACCAAGUCCAAGAUCAGUUUGGAGAAACUUACAUUGACUGAUUCCCAGUCAAUCAUGUCGGGAACUUUUCUAAAAACCCAUAGUGGUGAUGAGUCAAAGCGUGCAUCAGAGCAUUCAGAAACAAAUGAGCUUUUUAGAGACUUGAGCUCACAACGAAGAUUUCUUGAUUUGGAGCAAAUCAGUUCUGAGGAACUACAGAUUAGUUCCCCUGACUCACAGCCCUCUAGCAAGCUUGGGCAGAAAAUCCACCAGAUGCCCCAAGAUGAAUCGGGACAAGAAGGGACAGAUUUGGAAGCAGAAAAGGGAGAAGGGAUACAAGACAAAAGACUAUCACACUUAAGUGAAGAAAGAGGAAAAGAAUUCCAGCCCAAAACAGAGAUCCCCGAGGAUUCACUGGUGGCCACCAGUGAGGACAUUUUGUUUCAAAAGGAUGACAGAGCCAAUGUGUACCCUUUGACCUUGACCUGGUCUUUCGGCUGGAACAGUUCUCUUCCUGUUUACUAUAUUCGAGAUGAAAACCAGAGAGUUCUUCUGUAUGUCUGCGCUCACACCGCGGUCAUCUACAACGUUUUCAAUAAUAAUCAGCACCAUCUUCAGGGCCACCCCAAUGUGAUCUCCUGCCUCUGCAUCAGUGAAGAUAGGCGGUGGAUUGCCACGGCCGACAAAGGGCCCAACUGCCUGAUAAUUAUAUGGGACUCCUUCACAGGCAUUCCUGUGCACACGAUAUUUGACAGCUGCCCGGAAGGCAACGGCAUCGGGGCCAUAGCCAUCACCGGGGACGCCAAGUACCUGGCAACCAUCUCAGAUGCUGAAAUCCAGAAAGUUUGCAUCUGGAGGUGGACGUUAGCGGUGGAAACGCCAGCGUGUACUCUUGACCUUCCCAAAGAGUAUGGGUUUCAGAACUACCUUAUUUUUAAUCCAACAAAUAAUAAAGAAUUGGUGAGCAAUAGUAAAACACAGGCAAUAUAUUAUUUGUGGUGUGAAGAGAGAGAUAUACUUGCUCACAGUGCCCCACAUUUAACAGAAAAAACGUUCAACAAGCUCGUGGGAAAAUUAACCCAGUCAGUCUUUCAUUUGAAUUUAACACAAAUACUCUCAGCAACAAUGGAAGGGAAGCUGGUUGUCUGGGACAUAUACCGCCCCCCAUCGUCCGCCUCCGCCUCUCUGGACUUUCCUCAUAUCAAACCUUGUAAAUUGGUUCAUUUGCAGAAAGAGGGCAUCACUGUGCUUACUACAGUUGAUAGCUAUAUUGUCACAGGUGAUAUUAGAGGUAACAUUAAGUUCUACGAUCGCACCCUGUCCAUUGUUAACUGGUACAGCCACUUCAAACUGAGCUCCAUAAGGACCCUGUCCUUUUCAAAGACCCCAGCAGCUCCGCCUACCGAAAAAUCAAACUAUCCUCCAGACUGCACUUUAAAAGGUGACCUUUUUAUCGUAAGGAAUCUUAUCAUCGGAACAUCUGACGCUACAGUGUACCACUUAACGACAGACGGGACCAAACUUGAGAAGUUAUUCGUGGAGCCCAAGGAUGCCAUUUGUGCCAUCUCCUGCCACCCGUAUCAACCCCUCCUCGCCAUUGGGAGUCUCUGUGGGAUGAUCAAAGUGUGGGAUUAUGAAAAGAAAAAAUACCUUUUCAGCAGGGUCUUUGAGAAGGGGCUCGGCAUCCAGAGUCUAACCUAUAACCCUGAAGGAGUCCUUCUUGGAGCCGGCUUCACCGAAGGGACAGUUUACAUCCUCGAUGCAAUGUCCUUAGAAAACCAAAUCCCGGAGCCUUUCAAAUAUUCCAGAACCAGCGUGACUCACGUCAGCUUCUCGCAUGACUCCCAGUACAUGGCAACUGCUGAUGUACGUUUUACCGUGUCUGUUUAUGUGGUGGUAGUCAGAAAUGGACACAGGGUCUGGGAAUAUCUGGCAAGACUUCGUUCUCAUCGCAAAAGCAUUUGCAGUCUCCUGUUUGGGGUUCAUCUGGACAGCAAUGAGCCGAGACUGCUGAGCCUCGGGAAAGACAGGCUCUUGAUCGAGUAUAAUCUUCUUAAGAGCUCCAAAGACCACCUGGAAGUCCUGGACAUUCACCGAACCGAUCAGGGCAACUACCCUACCUGUAUGGUCUGGUACCCACCACUCACCAGGGAACUCUUCCUGCUCAUUUGCAACAGUGGCUACAAAGUGAAACUUUUUAAUUCCACCACGAAAAUGUGCAGAAAGACGCUUCUUGGGCCAGUUUACGGUUCUUCCAUUGAACAGGUACAAAUCCUCCCAGUGAAGAGCACCUUGGAACUGCAGAAACGCUACAUGGUGUUUAUUAACAGAGACAAGGUUGGACUUCAGAUCUUACCUGUUGAUGGCAAUCCACAUAAGACAUCUGCUAUUAUAUGCCACCCAAGCGGGGUGGCUGGAAUGACCGUUUCCUAUGACGGCUGCUAUGCCUUCACGGCAGGAGGACAUGAUCGAUCGGUGGCGCAAUGGGAAAUCAACUUAAGUGCUCUGGAGGCUGCAGUUUCUCUCGGGGGCGAAGACUUGACCCCGUUCUACGGUCUGGUGGCUGGUGGCAGGGAAGGAAAAUUCUACAGGGAGCUGGAAGACUAUUUUUACUAUUCUCAGCUCCGUAGUCAAGGAAUUGAUACAAUGGAGACCAGAAAGGUGUCGGAACACAUUUGCCUGUCGGAGCUUCCUUUUGUCAUGAGAGCAGUUGGCUUUUACCCCUCGGAAGAAAAGAUUGAAGAUAUGUUUAACGAAAUCAGAUUUAGUGAGUAUGUGGACACUGGAAAGCUAAUUGACAAAAUCAACUUACCAGAUUUCUUCAAAGUUUACCUUAAUCACAGACCACCUUUUGGGAACACCAUGCGUGGCAUUCAGCAUAGCUUUGACAUCCUUGGUUUUACCAAUUCAAAAGGAGAGAAGGUUAUACGAAGAGAAGAUUUCCUAAAACUGCUUCUAACGAAAGGUGAGCACAUGACUGAGGAGGAGAUGUGUGACUGCUUUGCUACGCUGUUUGGACUGAAUCCCGAGGGGUGGAAAUCCGAGCCCGCAGCCUCCUCCAUCAAAGGUUCAGAAAUCUGCUUUGAAGAACAACUUCCAGACGAAAUCACUGCAGAAAUAUUCACGACUGACAUUCUUGGCCUGACCAUUUCACAAGAUUUCACACAAGAUCCUCUGCACACUGAUUUCGUUCUGAUCGACUACAUGUACUGGAAUCACUGUCUGGAGCAGAACUGGCCAGUGACCAGGAGGACCCACUGUGGCUGGACCCGUGAGCUGGAACCACCGUCACGCUGUGUCGAUCCGGCUUCCUGCGUCUCCAGGACACCUGCACCUGAGACCUGGGCAGAUGAUUGAUGAGCAUUAACCUCCUCCGGUUCCAAAGUUUUAGCUUUGUUAGCACCUGCCUGAAUAGGGGUUUCUGCUGGUUUUGACAACGGGCCCUCAGUAAGUAUCCGUGGAAUGACUGGAUGGAUGAACUCACAGCUCUUUAAUAAUAGCUGGCUUUGCUUUAGAGCAAAGGUGAGCUCCAGGUCCUGCCAGGCUCUCUCCACUGGGGUCUUUCUCUGUAAAGGGCCAGAGGGUAAAUGUCAAGGCUCUGCAGGCCUUAUGGCUCUGCCACAACUCCUUGACUUGCCCAUCGGAAUACAAAGGCAAUGACAGACCAUCCAGAAAAGAAUGAUUGUGGCUGUGUUCCAACCAAGUUUACUUAAUGGACACUGAAAUUUGGAUUUUACGAUCAUCUCCACCUAUCACAAAAUCACCUUCUUUUGAUUUUUUUUUCAACCAUUUAAAAAUGUGAAAACCAUUCUUAACCUGCAGUGAAAACUGCAUCCACCGUACCCCCUAGGCCAGGAUCCCUCAUCCCAACAGAGUUUUACAAAUACAGUGCAUCCAUACAAACGACCAGACCAAACCGACAUGCUCUCCAAUCCCGUCAAGGUCAAGACGAGCAAGUCUCCUCCGAUGGGAGGAGACUAAGGAGACAUGGUGGAGAAGUGCAAAAUGGGACCCCGGAAGGGAUGUCUGGGACAGGAGGCGACACGGGGA